AGCCCAUCGCGUAUCGUGGACUAUGCAUUUUCUUUUCCUCGUAUCGAGCUCAUCAAUUUGUGAUACGUACACAUGGUUGAUAAAAAUAUUUAAGUUAUCGCACUGAACGUUUACAAAAACGGUAAAAAAACGUAGAAAGUAAUCAUGUAUGGCUGUGAUAUUUGAUAAGUUGUACUAAAGUGAUAGUGCAGUUUUGGAGGUAAAAUGCCCGCUUCCAUUUGUGACACAGUAUCUAGCGCAUUGCGUUUAUCCCUUGCUGAAGACUCUCAGAGCUCAUCCUUGCUGGAUAGCAGAUUGUAUUCCUCUGCUAAAAGUGUGCUUUUAUCAAAAAUAGAGUUUGUAGAAUCCGGUGAUUACCAAAGCAAUGUACUAGAUGGUUUGAAAUCAAAGUAUGUCGUUAUCCGUUCUAAAAAACCAGUGCUUGAGAAUAAAUUGCUGAAAAAGGACGUCUCAUCGGAUAAUCAAUCCACAGCUAAUAAAAACCGUGAGGAUGGCUUACCAAAGCCUAAGCGAGUUUUCUUCCCUGUUGAGAAAGUUCAGUUGGGAUGGCAGGGAACAUGGAGUGCAGGGUCGGGCAUGCAAAAUGUAGGCAAUACAUGCUACCUCAAUUCUACUCUGCAAGCUCUGUUUCAUGUGCCUGCCUUUGCAAAUUGGCUGGUUACAGAAUCAACGCAUGCUGAAAAAUGUAAUCAACAAGAAGCAUGUGUUAUUUGCGGUAUGCGGGCAACAUUGAUGGCUACUCAGAAGAGUGGUGGAGCACCAAUCAAACCUUGGCAGGUUUACUCCAAGCUACGCCUCAUAUGCAGGCACUUGACUCCGGGAAGACAAGAGGAUGCACAUGAGUUUCUGAGGUAUUUGGUAGAGGCGAUGGAGAAAUGUUAUUUAUCAAGAUUUGUAAACUCUGAUAAAUUAGAUCAAUAUAGUAAAGAAACAACUCCAUUAAAUCAGAUUUUGGGUGGAUACCUGCGGUCUACUGUGAGGUGCUUGGCCUGCCAUCACUUAUCCACUACAUACCAACAUUUCCAGGAUUUACUAUUAGAUAUAAGAAAGCAUUCAACUUUAGAUGAAGCUUUAGACUCGUUUUUUUCUAGAGAAAGAUUAGAAGAUUUAGGAUAUAAGUGCGAAGCUUGUAAUAAGAAGGUAUCUGCAACAAAACAAUUCUUUGUUGAGCGAGCGCCUAUGGUACUUUGCAUUGCAUUGAAAAGGUUCUCCUUGGCGGGCGGAAAGUUAUCAAAGCAUGUACAAUUUCGCAAAAAAAUAAACCUUAGCAAAUAUAUUUACAAUAAAAAUAAUCCACAACAAUUGACAUACAAAUUGGUGAGUUUAGUGACUCAUCUCGGACCAUCACAGAAUUGUGGACACUACACAGCGAUAGGACAAGCUCCUAAUAGUAAUUAUUACCAAUUUGAUGACAGUUGUGUGAGGCCACUGCCUUUAUCAGCUGUCUUAGGCACAAAUUCAUAUAUUAUGUUCUUUGAAAAAGAUAACACAACUGAUGAUAUCAAUCAGCCAACUGCCUCUACCUCCAGUGUUGUCUAUGGACCACAGUUACCAGACAACAUUGUCAAUAGAGAAAAGAGUCCUCUUAAAAUAACAUUUUAUCGUAAUGAUGAUAAGAAACCAAUAAUACUGAACAGCACCACAACAGAAUCCACGAAACCUGAACCCAAACCUAUCAUAUUAAACACAACAUUAAGUAAAUCUUUGGAAUCCAGUUCCAAUUCUGAACCUUGGGUUGUGAAACAAAAUGGCGAAGUGGAAAAAGUCGUACAGUAUCCGAAAAUACUGAACGGCGUCGAUAAAUCUAAUCACAAAGUCGAUGAAGAUAAGAAAAUAAACUUUGUUUUUAAGAAGCAAGUAGAUGAAUGUCCGAUAAAGGCUAAGCUAUCAAAGAGCGAUUCAGAUAUUCGGUCACUGACACUAAAUAAUACUAAAGUACCUGAGAAAUCUGCAUCAACAAGUAAACUGGUGAAGCCACCGAAAUCUCCUCUUGAAAAACUUGAGGAACAGAUGAAUAAGAGUGAUUCCAACCAUAUAAGUAGGAAUGGAAAUUCCAACUCUAAACUGGUGCCUUACGAUUCAGAAUCGAGUAGCGACGAGCGCGCCGAGAGGUUCUCUGAUGAUAAAGUAAAGGGCGAUGUUAAAGCAGUGGUCAGUUUAAGGCCAAAACCCAGCCGAUGUGAUUCUCCACAAGGCCUUGUUGUCACUACAAAAGGAACACAGCACAAGUGGACUGUCUCAAAAGAAAAAAGUGGACCUUUAUUGAGUCCUAGUUUGAAUGGAGUAACAAAUAAAAAUAAUCAACCUGCUAGGGUGCAAGAAAAAGAGGAGCCUCGCGGUGAGAACGAACAGAGUCCCAACACGAGCGUCAGUAGCAUGUCACCACUGAGCGACCGAAGCGAGGGCGGCACUGCCCCCGCUAGCGCUGCGCCUCCGAACCCUGCCAGCUCUGCGCCCCCAGUACCGCAGGGCUCCGGCAUCGAGACCGCGCGUCACCUGCACGGCUUGUCGCACAGGGGCUACGGCGCGCCUGUCACCACAUGGAACGGAACCCACAGCAACUUGUCGCGACAGGUGUUCGAGGAGCGUCGCGAGGAGCGCAAGCGUGCGCUGGAGGCGACGGACGAGAUGGACCGCGGCCGCAGCAAGAAGAUCAAGAAGUUCCAUCACUACAACAGCUUUAACAACAACAGGAACGGAUAUAAUCCCUUCCAGGAGAAGCAAAAUAAACAGCAUUGGGGUGGAGGCGGCAACUUCAAGUACAGGAGCGACCAGCGGCGGCCGGCGCACCACUUCAACAAGCACUACAAUCAUAAAUACAAGCGGUUUAACAGAUACAACAGCAACGGUCACCAUUACAACAGACAUUGACCCGCGGCCAGUGUCCUCGCGCUCUGCGAUAUACCAACGUGACAUUACUCUUAUAUAAACAUACAAAUAACCGUAUUAUAUACUCUGACCGCAGUCCAUUAGAAAUACGUCGUUAUAGUCGCGAUUAUCAUAUUAACUGCCAAUAAUCAGCCUUUGAAACUGUUUCAAAUUGUUAAUUAAUAUAUUGUAAGGAAAAUUGUAGUUAGAAAAACUUAACUUGUGAAUAUUUCGCUUCGAAAUUGCUUUAUAUUCAAAAUUAGGAUUUUUUUCCUUGAAAAAGUUUAACUCAGUUUAUUGAAACGAAGUAUUUUUGAUGUCAUAUUUGUUCAUUGAGUCGCUUAAAAUAAGGAAUUUUAUUUGUAAUUAGGCUUUAUUAGUUUAUAUUAAGAAAGUUAAAUGUAUAAUAUUCUAGUUAACAAUUAGUUAGUUAAACAUUUAAAUUCAUUAAAUAUUAAAAUUAAAUUAACUUAGAAAAUAAUGAACCGGUUUUCAUAUGAUAAGGAUAAGGUUUGGACAUGUUUUCAUGCAAAAAGUUUGUUUGACAUAUAUAAAAAAAUUUUUUAGCUAUUGAACUGUUACGUGAGAAUCCGGGGCUAUUAGCUAGUUUCUGUGUAAAUUGUGAUGAGAUAUAUUUAAUGUGGAAUUUGCAUACAAUAUUUGUGCCACCAAAUUCCAAAUUAAAAAUACAGUCGAAUCUGGAUUAACGAGAGUCUAACGGACCGCGAAAUUUCUCUCGCUUAUAGAGGUUUCUCGCUUAUCCAGUUCUCGCUUACUUAGGCUCGACUGUACUACUGAAAUAUUACUUCCAAUGUGCUUUUAUUUAUAUAUAAACAAUACUUAUAUACAGAAGAUUAGAUUGUUUAGUCAAAAAGCUGUAAGAUCUUUUGUUUUUGCAGAAUUGUGUUGAAGUUUUUUUUUUUAGUUGGAAGCAAGUAGUAUUAGUUGUGCACAGUUUUGUUGUCGUGCGAUGAAAUUUAGAA